UGUCACUGGGAGACAGUCCACUUAAAUGCAGCUCCAGGGUUGUGGGGCACCCACCAGCAUCCCUCCCUGUGCGAGGUGGCAAAUGCAACAUGCUCUCCAGCUUGGGGUGUCUACUUCUCUGUGGAAGUAUUGCACUAGCUCUGGGAAAUGCACAGAAAUUGCCAAAAGGUAAAAGGCCAAGCCUGAAAGUCCACAUCAAUACCACGAGUGACUCCAUCCUCUUGAAAUUUCUGCGUCCAAGUCCUAAUGUAAAGCUUGAAGGUUUUCUCCUGGGGUAUGGCAGCAACUUAUCACCAAACCAGUACUUCCCUCUUCCUGCAGAAGGGAAAUCUACGGAGGCUGUAGUGGAUGCUGAGCCAAAAUAUCUGAUCGUUGUGCGGGCUGCUCCACCUCCAAGUCAAAAGAAGUCAUGCUCAGGUAAAUCUCGUCCUCGCAAACCUCUCCAGCUGGUGGUUGGUACUCUGACUCCAAGCUCAGUCUUCCUGUCCUGGGGUUUCCUCAUCAACCCGCACCACGACUGGACGUUGCCAAGUCACUGUCCCAAUGACAGAUUCUAUACAAUUCGCUAUAGAGAAAAGGACAAGGAAAAGAAAUGGAUUUUUCAACUCUGUCCAGCCACUGAAACAAUUGUGGAAAAUCUAAAACCCAACACGGUUUAUGAAUUUGGAGUGAAAGACAAUGUGGAAGGCGGAAUUUGGAGUAAGAUUUUCAAUCACAAGACUGUGGUUGGAAGUAAAAACAAAGUAAAUGGGAAAAUUCAAAGUACCUAUGACCAAGUUAACACAGUGCCAUCAUAUGUCCCAAGGAAACUAAUCCCAAUUACAGUUAUCAAGCAAGUGAUUCAGAAUAUUACUCAUAGGGCUUCAACUAAGUCCCCAGACAAGACCCCCUUUGGAGGAACUAUACUAGUACACCUUAUUAUCCCAGGUCUUAAUGAAACCACUGUAAAACUUCCUACAUCCAUAAUGCUUGAGAUUUCAGAUGCAAUCAAGACACAAUUAGCUAAGAAUGAAACCUUGGCAUUACCUGCUGAAUCUAAAACACCAGAGGUUGAAAAAAUCCCAGCACAACCCAUAACAGUGACUCCUGAAACAGUUCCGAGAACCAUUAAACCCACUGUGUCUAGUGCAUUAGACAUUUCAGAAACAACACUGGUUCUCAGAGAAAGGACCCCCAAAACAUCGCAAACUAUUCUAAUACCUCCAGAAAGGCUUCCAGGAUUUCCUGAGGCAAAAACUCCCUUUCCUUUUGAGAAACCUAGGGACACCUUCGCUUCAAGUGAAAAGCCAUGGAUUAUACCUACAGCUAAAACAUCUGACGAUUCCAAAAGUCUACAGCCUCAAACUGAAACUUACGCUGUUUUCUCCAGUCCUACAACAGAUGAGCCUGAAAUAUCAGAGCCCCAUACAGCAACAAGUGAUUCUAUUCUGGAUUCUGUCCCACCUAAAACUUCUAGAACUCUUGAACAGCCAAGGGCAACACAGGCUCCAAGUGAAACACCGUUUGUUCCUCAGAAACUGGAGAGCUCUACCAGUCCUGAAAUGCAACCUACAGUACCUGCACGCCAGCAAACAACAUCUAUCCCUUCUACACCUAAGCAACGCCUCAGACCCAAGACACCAAGAACCAAACCUGAAAGAACCACCAGAGCUGGAACAAUUGCAUCUAAAAUUUCUAAAAGCCCUGAACCUACACGGACAACACUAGCUCCCAGUAAAACACAAUUUAUUCCUUUGAAACCUAAAAUCCCUCUCAGCCCAGAAGGGACAUACACCAAACCUGCCCCAGAACCACAGACUCUACCACCAUCACAGCAAACAAUAGUCUUAGCACCUGGAACACUAGGAACCAAACCUUCGACAACAACAUUAGCUCCACCAAAGAUGAAACAACCAGGUCGUCGCACCCGUCCUAAAACCACACGUAGUCCAGAAGUGCCCAAGUUCACACCUGCUCUGGAACCAGCCACAGUACAGCUGGAGCCCUUGGUGCCAACAAGUGACAUUGAACCUGUAACUUUGAGAACCGAGGCUCCAGUGACAACAGUAGCUCAAAAAACAUCACAACGGACAAGAACACGUCGUCCACGUCCCCCACGUCCCAAAGAUAAAACCACACCACGCCCAGAGGCACCUCAGACCAAACUAGACUUUGGACCUAUUACUCCCGAGACAUCUUUAGCUCCAACAACAACAAAAAAAACCCGUCGUCCACGACCCAAACCUAAAAUCACUCCCCAUCCAGAAGUUUCUCAAAUCAAACUGGUUCCUGCCACAACCCUCGAACCAGUUACUCUUAGAACGGAGGCUCCAGGGACGACUCUAGCUCCCAAAGUGCCUCAGCGAACUCGACGUCCACGUCCCAAACCUAAAGCCACACCAAGCCCUGAAGCCCCUCACACGGAACUGGUAUUUGGGCCAGUGCCUUCCACAGUCUUUGAACCAGUUACUCCAGUAAGAGAGGCUCCGGUGACAGCCUUAGUUCCUGUUACAGGCCUUGAACCUGUUACUUUUAUGAUGGUGACCCCUGGGACAACAUUAGCUACCAAAACAUCCCAAAGAACCCGCCGUCCACGUCUCAGGCCUAAAACCACCCCGAGCCCUGAAGCACCUCAGACCAAACCUGCUUCCAAACCACCACAACGGACGCGUCGUCCACGUCCCAGACCAAAAACCACACUAAGUCCCGAAGCACCUGAGUUCAAACCAGUUCCUACUGCAGAGCUCGAACCUGAUAUGCUCAGAACUGAAACUUGGGUGACAACACAAGCUCCUAAAACAUCACGACGGACCCGUCGUCCACGUCCCAGACCUAAACCCACAACACAUCCUGGGACUCCUCAAACCCUGGUUCCCGCUACAAAUCUUGAACCUGAUACUCUUACAACUGAAGCUCCAGAAACCAUGGUUCUUUCUACAGCCCUCGAAGCUGUCACUAUUAGAAUGGAGGCUCCAGAAACAACGUUAGCUCCUAAAACACAGCGAACACGUCGUCCACGUCCCAGACCUAUAACCACAACGAGUUCUGCAGUACCUCAGCCCAAAUCGGUUCCUGCUCCAGGUUUUGAACCUGUUGUUCCUAGUACUGAGGCUCCAGGAACAACAUUAGUUCCCACUGAACUGUAAACUCUUAUUUUGAAACCAGGGACAUCAACAAGCCUAGAAAUAACACAAAGUCAAUGUGUUUCUGGUGUUCUGGAAUCGAUUACAGUUAGCACUGAGUCAUCAAAGGAGACCAUAGCACCAGUUGAAAGAGAUUAUGUAUAUCCAUCCACCAAAGCACCAUGCAGGCCAGAGGAUCCCAAGAUUGAAGUUGUGAAAUCUACUCCCUAUGUGUCUGAACUGCCUGAGACCACUUUAGAAACAUCACCUCUGCCUUCCCAAACUUUAAUUCUACCCAGUCCAGAUGAGCCUCAGACCCAACCUGUUCCCAAGCAGACACCUCGUGCUCCUCCCAAGCCGAAAGCAUCACCACGCCCAAGAAUCCCACAAACACAACCAGUACCUAAAGGGCCCCAGCGAGUUACUUCAAAACCAAAAAUGUCACCAACUCCUGAAGUGUCAUACACUCCAUCUGUUCCAAAAGAGGUGCUCCUUCCCUAUAAACCAGACUCCGAGGUCUCUCAAAGUGAACCUGUUCUGCAACCUGUUACCUUUAGAAUGGAACCAACAAAGACAGCAAUAGCUCCUCUCGAGACACGUGGUAGCCCUUUUAUACCACUGAUUUCACCAAGUCCUAGUCAAGAGGGACUACAGACCACUCUGGAAGAAACAGACCGACCCACCCAAGAAAUCUUCACAACUAAGAUUCCACGAACAACUGAACUGGCAAAGACAACUCAGGCACCACACAGACUGUUCACGACUCCUGUGAGGCCCAGAACACCCGACAAACCACAUGUCAGACCUGUUUUGAACAGAACAAUUACAAGACCUACUAGACCUAAACCCAGUGGGAUGCCCAAUGGGAAUGGAGUAGGAACAGGGGUCAAGCAAGCACCCAAGCCAUCAGGGGCUGGUAGAAAUGUGUCAGUGGACUCCACCCACCUCACAAAAAAACCAGCUGCAGUCCCAGGCACUCGCCGCCCCCACUUGCCACCUAGACCUACACCCCCACGAAGAAAACCUUUGCCACCGAAUAAUGUCACCGGGAAGCCAGGAAGUGCAGGAGUCAUUUCAUCAGGCCGAAUAACUUCACCACCACUGAGGGCAACACUCAGACCUACUGGAACACCCUUGGACAAAAUAGAAACAGAUGAAAAGCAACCAACAGCUCCUGCCUCUGGAGAAGAAUUCGGUAAUAUAACUGACUUUAGUUCAAGCCCAACAAGAGAAACUGACCCUCUUGGGAAGCCCAGAUUCAAAGGUCCUCAUGUGCGAUACAUCCAAAAGCCUGACGACAGCCCCUGCUCCAUCACCGACUCCGUCAAACGUUUCCCUAAAGAGGAAGCCACAGAGGAGAAUGCCACCAGCCCACCACAGAACCCACCCACUAACCUCACUGUGGUCACGGUGGAAGGGUGCCCUUCAUUUGUCAUCUUGGACUGGGAAAAGCCACUAAAUGACACUGUCACUGAAUAUGAAGUUAUAUCCAGAGAAAAUGGGUCAUUCAGUGGGAAGAACAAGUCCAUUCAAGUUACAAAUCAAACCUUCUCUACAGUAGAAAAUCUGAAACCAAACACAAGCUAUGAAUUCCAAGUGAAACCCAAAAAUCCGCUUGGUGAAGGCCCAGCCAGCAACACAGUGGCAUUCAGUACAGAAUCAGCGGACCCCAGAGUGAGCGAGCCAGUUUCUGCAGGGAGAGAUGCCAUCUGGACUGAAAGACCCUUUAAUUCAGACUCUUACUCAGAAUGUAAAGGCAAACAAUACGUCAAAAGGACGUGGUAUAAAAAGUUUGUUGGAGUACAGCUGUGCAACUCUCUCAGAUACAAGAUUUAUUUGAGCGACUCUCUCACAGGAAAAUUUUAUAACAUAGGUGAUCAGAGGGGCCAUGGAGAAGAUCACUGUCAGUUUGUGGAUUCAUUUUUAGAUGGACGGACAGGACAGCAACUUACUUCCGACCAGUUACCCACUAAAGAAGGCUAUUUCAGAGCAGUCCGCCAGGAACCUGUUCAAUUUGGAGAAAUAGGUGGUCAUACCCAAAUCAAUUACGUACAGUGGUAUGAAUGUGGGACUACAAUCCCUGGAAAAUGGUAGAUGCUGCAACACGCUCGAAAGUAUCUUCUGUGUCAUCAUAGGAAAAACAAACAUUGGAAACACUACGGAAUUUGUCACAUUCAUUUAAGGCUAUUUUGUUUACUAUGUAUAAAAGUCUACAAUCUAAUUUACGGCAAUAUUAGAUGUUUAUUGUUAGGAAAGAUUGCUGGAAAUAUUUAUCAGGUUUUACAAAGUCAUUUUAAGAAAGCAAGAUAUUGACAUUAACAGAGUAACAUUUUUGGGGAAGCUGGCUCCCUAUUCAUGAUAUUUUAAGAGAUCAUUUGUAUAUUAUUUAUCAUAAUGUUGUAAUGAUGUUUUGAGAUACUUUUAUAUCAACAUCAAAAAAACUUACUUUUAAAACCUUUUGCCGAUGUAUUCUCUUCCUACUGGUGAGUUCCAUAAACCUCUAAUUUAAAUUAUUGGAUCAAAUUAGCUUCAUAUACAUUUGAAAAAAAAAAAGAGUUCUAAUAUUUGCAUGUUCGUUUAAACUUCAAUUUUCUUAGUAACAGGUGAACGGUGUUCUGGAGUUCAAAGCCCAUGCUAAACUACAUGUCCUUAAAAUAUCUGCAAAUUAUGGAAGAUGUUUCAGUCAGUAAGUUUUAUUUCAACUACAAAUGAAGAACCUAAUAGUUUUAGAAGAUAACAUUUUGUUUCUUCUCACCCAUAAUACUACAGUGACUGAAUAUACUUUACCAAACUAUUCCUUUCAAGCAACCAUCUUCAUAUUUUUAUUAUUUAAUCAAGCUAUAUUCAGGGAUUAUGAAGUCUGAACACAAAAAGAUAAUGCAUGAGAUCCUUACCAUUUUACAGAAUAUUUAUACAUUAAAACCUAAGAAUGAAUGUGUCAAAGGAUGUUUUUUGUAAUUGUGUAACUCAAGCUAUAAUGAAAGUUUGACUCAUUUUUAUUCAAAAAAAAAAAAAAGAUAUAUAUUGUGUUUUCCUUCAGCUGGGAGGGAGGUAGGACUGUUGCCCUCAUUCUGAAAGGACAUUUCUUUGUGCUUACCUCUCAACAUGCUUCAAUGCUACAUUUUAUAUUUUUCAAACUACCUGCAAUAAAAAAGAUGUAGUUUUUUUUAAAGACUGCGUUUUUUGGUUCAUUAGUAAGUAAGGACACCUUAAUUGUCAAGAGGAAAAAUCAGUUAUUCACAAUCUACUAACCCCCUCUUUUAAGUUAAACUUUCUAUUUAAAGCAAGUCAGUACAUUCUCUGAAUGGAAAUCUGUAAGUUGUUUAUACCUUAAGACCAAACACCAAUAAAGAUUUCUGAAAAGUGACCUUU